AUGUGGCCGCCGCCGCCGUCGUCUCCAACCGGAAUGAGUAUGGAUUUGGACGAGCCACGCGCGAUUAUCUCGAGGAACGCACAGACGUUCGAUAUGGUGAUCGAUCAACAGCGGCAACAGGACAUGGAAAAUCUGGCUGACGAUCAGCAGCCGCAGCGUCGGUGCCUGUCGAACGCGGACAACGGUGUACCUUCAGUGGUAAUUGUGUCCACUCCUUGCAGCAUGAGGAUGGAUGACGACCAUCAGACUUCCGGUAUCUCUGGCGACUCCAUUAAGGUCGAUGCAUCGCAGAGCCAAGCACAAGCGUUUCCAACCUCCCCUUCGACGGUUAGCGCAGUUCAGCUAACGAACAGCUCACGUGAAACGACGUCCUUCAGGAUCUGUGACAUUUUGAACGACAAGCUAGAGGUAGGAGCGAAUGUACUUUACGUUGGAGAUGAACUUGUCGAGCAAGAUGUCGGUGAUCGCUACGGUCAGCAUUCAAUGGCAGGGGCAGAUUUCCGCAGCGGCAGUGGUGGUUGCAGUGGCAGUGGCAGCGACUACCCUCGAUCAGCGCCCUACAGCCCGAGUGACGAGGCAGUCAGCGCGAGCGCUGACAAGUCGAAGAAAACGAGGAAGGCACGCACGGCAUUCACCGAUGCCCAACUGCAGACAUUGGAGAAGAGUUUUGAGAGACAAAAGUAUCUGUCUGUGCAGGACCGUAUGGAACUGGCCGCUAAAUUGAACUUGACCGAUACCCAGGUAAAAACUUGGUAUCAGAACAGAAGGACGAAAUGGAAACGACAGACUGCGGUCGGUUUGGAGCUGCUGGCGGAAGCCGGCAGUUAUGCAGCGUUCCACAAUGUGUUCAGCAACAAUCCGUUUUGGUCAACAUUCAAUCCCGGUCAUCUGAACCCCAACGGUUCGUUUUCUGUAUCAGCCCUACAGACAAGCCCAGGCAUGACUUCCUCAGAGCUGUAUUUGCGAAGCAUCUCAACUCUCAAUAACUCAGUGUACGGCGCACUUUCCUCAGUGUCGCGGCCUAUUCCUAUGACGCCGGUUAACCCGAUGAUACCAUACAAUCAAGGACUUCUCCCUAAUUCGUUGAAUGGUUUGUCAAACUGCAUGGAUAAACAGCCCGGUAUGUGA